AGUAGAGAAUUGGCUAUCAUUUUUCUCUCGGUCUUAGUGGGUUUUACUCAAGAAGAAUAUAAUUUGUUAGCUCAAGGUAACAAGCAACAGAAUUUAGAAAUGACGUUGCAAACUAAGCUGGAUAUUAGGUGUUUGUCAUAUAGUCUAAAAGAAGAUAGACCUUUUGAUACUUUGUCGACCUGGGCUACUCAUGUUCAUUUCCCCAGUCGAAAACAGUGGAUAUACGCGAAUGUUUCGGUAGAAUUGGAUUGCUGUAAUCACACUGUAUCAAUGUUUGGUAGGUCGUCAUUGAUGUAUACUGGUAGAAGAAAAUAUGGUUUAAGAGCUUCUGAUAAGACGGUUAAGGAAGUCGAGUUUGAUGUUGAGAAGAAAAAGGUUGAAGUGAUGGACGAUGAGGAUGAUGAAGAGGGUCCGAGCUUAAUGAAUGAUGAGGAGAGGAGGGAAUGGAGAAGGAAAAUUAGGCAAGUGAUUGACAACAACCCAGAGGUAGAGGAGGAGGAUGACCCAAUUGAAAAGACGAAGAAGAUGGAGAAGCUUCUUGCUAAUUACCCUCUUGUUGUUGAAGAAGAAGAUCCCAGUUGGCCUGAAGAUGCAGAUGGCUGGGGAUUCAAUUUAGGCCAGUUCUUUGAUAAGAUUACAAUUAAGAAUAACAAAAAGGAUGAUGUUGAUGAUGAGAAUUACUAUAGUGAUAAGGAAAUUGUGUGGCAAGACGAUAACUACAUCCGUCCGAUAAAAGAAAUCACCUCUAAAGAAUGGGAGGAAACUGUAUUUAAAGAUAUUAAUCCCCUGGUUGUUUUCGUGCAUAAUCGAUAUAAAAGACCCAAGGAAAAUGAAAAGGUCCGCGAAGAAUUGGAGAAAGUGGCUCACGUCUUCUGGAACACUGGGCUUCCUUCCCCUCGAUGUGUUGCUCUCGACGCUGUUGUUGAACUCGAUCUCGUCUCCACCUUGAAAGUUACAGUCUUUCCUGAAGUUAUCUUUACCAAAGCAGGAAAGAUCUUAUACCGCGAGAAAGGGUUUCGGACGGCAGAUGAGUUGUCGAAGAUAAUGGCAUUCUUCUAUUAUGGAGCAAUCAAGCCACCAUGCUUGGCUACAUUACUUAAAGAAGACCAUGAACUGAUCCCUUCUGCUCCAAACAAUGUUGACCAAGACUAAACGGUGACGGGGAUGUUGUACGAUAAAGGUUAGCUAAAUGUUUUUAUGAAGUUGGGUAUUUUCUGAGUGCAUUAUAGUUGGUUUCAGUCAUGGUAGAAACUUUGCAAUCUUUGAAUGAGCAUUAUAGUCUGACCCUUGUUCAGAUUUUAUUCAUAUCGGCCACAGGGUUCAGAAAUUUCCAGUUCAAGUACCCUUCAUAAGAUAAACAGAACUAAAAAAGAUACCUCUCAUUUUCAGAUCCUUUGAUGUAUCCCGCAACUUAUAAGACGAAAAUUCUUCUUGCAAGAAGAAUAAAAUGUAAUUUUUGACAAUUCUAAGUACAUUUGGGCUUGCAUUUAA